GCUCGGAGGGGGGAAGCGCUAGACUGCCAUAUUAGAAGCAAACCGUGACUUUAGACAUCAAAUGUCUUCUUUCCCUCAAGCUUUAAUCCCACGAGCCACGAUAUUAUGUUUCGCCGUGUUGUACCUUCGUGUCGAUGAUAAGUGUACGGUUCGUAGGUGCCCUGCACCCGGCGCGUCGUUCUGUGUAUCUCGCGCGUCCGUCGUACGUCCCCUCUAAAUUCGACUCUGAAAAUGAAAUUCCUUUCUUAAUUUAACUAGGAAACCGCGUGUGAGUUAAUUGCGCUGCUUAGCGUGUCGUGUAACGUCACUGAGAGGAAGAAAACGCGAAAGAGGGGAGAAAAAAAGGAGUAUGUUUUUCGUGCGGAGGUUACGAGAUUGGCAAUGAUUUGACGUUGAAGAUGACAUAAAUCUGUGCUGUGCGGUAUUUCUGUAUAAAGGUGAAGGAAGAGGGAAAACAAAAGGGAGAGACAGAGAGAAAGAGAGGGAAAGAGAGAGAAAGAGAGGAAGAGAGAGAAAGGAAGAGAUGUGUCGGCGGAUAAAUUACUACAAUUUGCUUAAUAGCUAAUAGACUCAAAAUUACUGGUAUGCUUUUACGAUUCGCUCACCAUGUCCGUAUAUGCGACGAUACUGCCUCUCAUCUUCCUGGGAUUAUUAGGAACAUGUACAUCUGCAUCUACAUUUGCAAAAGAUAUUAAAGGUUCAGCCUAUUGUGAAUUUUACAAUGAUACGAUGUGUGCGGAGAAUGAGCAGGAUUGUUCAAGACAAGAAGAAUGUGGCCCGCAUGAUGCAGACAAACGUAAUCAUUGUUAUGUGUUGUGGACGAUGAAUAGUACUACUAAAGAAACAAUAGUUAAAUUAAAGGGUUGCUUUUUAGAUAACAAUGAUUGUUAUGAUAAACCGCUUUGUGUGGAGAAUAGUAUGGAAAGAAAAAGUGAACACUAUUUUUGUUGUUGCGAAGGCAAUAUGUGUAACCAAAAUUUCUCUUGGGUUCCACAACCAACCUCAAAGCCUACAGAACCAUCUGUUAUUCAUGAAUUUGAACCUGUACCCAAUGCAAAGCAGCAAAUAAUAACAAUUAUUCUAUUAACAACAAUUCCUGUGGUUUUUGUGAUUAUUUCAGUUUCUCUUUGGUGGUUCUGUCGUCGUCGAAAAUUGGGCUAUUUUAACGAGAUUCCAACGCUGGAGCCUGUACCAUUGCCACAACCUUCACCUAAUCUAGGCUUACGACCAAUACAACUUCUUGAAAUUAAAGCUCGAGGUCGUUUUGGAGCAGUUUGGAAAGCCCAAUUUAAAAAUGAAUUUGUGGCGGUUAAAGUUUUUCCUAUGCAGGAUAAGCAAUCAUGGCAGACUGAACAAGAGAUCUUUAAGCUUGCACAUAUGGAUCACGAAGAUAUAUUACACUUUAUAGGUGUUGAAAAGCACGGCGACAAUUUACAAACUGAAUUUUGGUUAAUUACAGCGUAUCAUGAAAAAGGUUCAUUGUGUGAUUACCUAAAAGCAAAUAUUGUGACAUGGCCUGAAAUGUGUAGAAUUGCAGAGUCCAUGGCAAGAGGUUUGAUGCAUCUACAUGAAGAAAUCCCAGCUAACAAGGCAGACGGUUAUAAACCAGCUGUAGCUCAUAGAGAUUUUAAGUCAAAAAAUGUUUUACUGAAGGCUGAUAUGAGUGCCUGUAUAGCAGAUUUUGGCUUAGCACUUAUUUUUCAUCCGGGGAAACCUUGCGGCGAUACACACGGACAGGUUGGAACGCGUAGAUAUAUGGCACCAGAAGUUUUAGAAGGAGCAAUAAAUUUUACUAGAGACUCAUUUUUACGAAUUGACAUGUAUGCCUGUGGGUUAGUUCUAUGGGAAUUAGCUUCAAGAUGUACUGUACAAAAUGGACCAAUAGGAGAAUAUCGACUACCAUUUGAGGACGAGGUCGGUCUCCAUCCUACUUUAGAAGACAUGCAAGAAAGCGUUGUCCAUAAAAAAGAGAGACCGCUCAUUUUAGAAACUUGGCGUAAACAUCCAGGACUAUCAUCAAUUUGUGAUACAAUGGAAGAAUGUUGGGAUCACGAUGCCGAAGCACGCCUUUCUGCCUCGUGUGUAGUAGAACGAGUUGCUACUCUUGGUAGAGCUCUUGUAUUAAAUUCAUCUACUUUGAUUCGUGUUGAUAAUACCAACGAGAUUAUUACUACCAAGGAAUCUAACGAGACUGUGCCGUUCCGCUCGAGAACAGGGGAGGAAUAUUGUGCUCAGGAACAGGGGAGGAAUAAGGAGCGUUCAUUUUCAUCCGUACAUGUUUUAUCAACGUUCUUCGGACCAAUAGAUUCUUAUUUAACAAAUGACUUGUAUCUCUAAAUGUUCGAGGAAUAGUUACUGACACUUAAAACGCGCACAAUGUAGAAACAUACGUAAUAUGUGCCACACUGACAUUCCUCAUUGAUUGUUGGUACCAUGCAGUAACUAUCCCAAUCGCAAAGUAUGCCAAAUAAAAUUCAGCGAAGCAUUUUUCCUGUAAAGCCACAUCACGUAUAUCAUUAUAAAGUGGAUGAUGUAAUCUUAUUACCGGGACUUGAACGUUAACGUUAUUUAUGCCCGAGACAAAAUCCGAGAUUGUUGAGUAACGAGUACAAUAGAGUGUUUUAAACAAGAUUUAACUUUUUGGUAUUUAAUGAGGCACGUCGAUUGGAAGUAGCGGUGGUGCUCGACCGGGAUGUAAAUGAUGUGAUUGUACCGGUCUGGUUUUAUUGGUUACCUUUCAGGCAUAAAUAAUGAUAUCACCUGCGCCCUGUUUAUUACAAAGUACCUGGUAGAUACAAUCGAACUAAUAGAUUGAAAUUUAUUAAGAUUUUUUGCACGUGAGAGAUGUGAGCAUCUUAAUUAAUUUAAAUUUUAUAAAGUGCUAUAUUAUUAAGUGUAAUAUUUACUUUUACAAAGUAGAACGCUAAUCGUAAAAUUUACGUGGCUCUAAUAUAUUUCUCACCUUAUAUACUUAUAUUCUUACUAAUAUAUAUUUUAGUUUAUCAAAGCGAUCAGCUUAAUGUUAUAUUUAAUAUAAAUAUCGACUGUCGAAUGCGUUUUGUUUAUGAGUAGAGAUAAUUAAUAUGUAUGUAAUGCGACAUAAUUAAGAUAAUGUAGAAUGUAAAUUAUUCAUAUUUACUAGCGGUAUGUACGCCGCAAUUUAUCGAAAGGAGCAAUGAAAUAAGUGUUUUUAUUCUAGAACCCAAAAGAACGACAAUUUCAAUAUAUAAAUCUACUAAAAAAAAAAGAAAAAAAGUACUAAAACACUAUUGUAGGCUACGUUCAGGAAGCGCACUAUCAGCGUUAUUGCCUGAAUUUAUCCUUGUUUUACGUGAAUGAAUGAUGUAGAUAAAGCAACGUAACUGAUAAUACGCUAUCUGAACACUGAUAUAGUCUUGUUUUACUGCUCUUAUAUGACUACGUUUAUUAUAUAUAUAUUGAUAAAAAAUAUAAGUAAUCUAAAAAAA